UAACAUCUAAACAUAACAAACCAAACAGGCAAACCCUUGUGCCAUCACUACCACCCCAUUUUACACAAAGGGAGGCCAAUGUACAUGGAUUCCAAGAAGGCUAAAAAGAAAAAGAGCUGAUUAGACCUCAGAUUGCCCACUAAACGGGAUGACGGCCACAGCUGCAGUGGAAACACCAAAAAUGAAGAAGAAUGCCUCCAAGGAAGAGAAGCAGCAGCCUAAGCAAGAGAACACAGAGCAGCAUAAUGCUGAUUCUGAAGAGUUGAACUCUGAGAGUGACCCUGAACAGAUGAGCCUUAAAAGCAGCAGUAAUGACAACAGCUGCCAACCUGGAGAUGUUCAGUUGAAGAAAAAGGAUAUUCCCUCUAAGCCACACCGCCAGCUUUGUAGAUCACCCUGCCUAGAUCAUCCAAGCUUCUCCCAGAGUAGCAUUCUACAGGAUGGGAAGCUUGACUUGGAAAAAGAAUACCAAACCAAGAUGGAUUUUGCUUUAAAGCUGGGCUAUGCAGAGGAACAGAUUCAAUUAGUACUGAAUAAGCUGGGUCCAGAAUCGCUUAUUAAUGAUGUACUGGCAGAACUUGUCAGACUUGGAAACAAAGGUGAUUUGGAAGGGCAAGUCAACUUGAGUUUGUUAGUGCCUCGGGGUCCCAGCUCCAGAGAAGUUGCAAGCCCUGAACUGUCUCUUGAAGAUGAAAUAGACAACAGUGACAAUUUGAGACCAGUUGUCAUAGAUGGAAGUAAUGUGGCAAUGAGCCAUGGGAAUAAAGAAGAGUUCUCCUGCAGAGGAAUACAACUUGCUGUGGAAUGGUUUCUAGAUAAAGGCCAUAAAGACAUUACUGUAUUUGUGCCUGCGUGGAGAAAGGAGCAAUCCCGCCCUGAUGCACCAAUUACAGAUCAAGAUAUCCUACGUAAACUGGAGAAGGAAAAGAUUCUUGUCUUCACACCAUCCAGAAGGGUCCAGGGCAGGAGAGUUGUUUGCUAUGAUGACCGGUUCAUAGUCAAACUGGCUUUUGAUUCUGAUGGCAUCAUUGUAUCCAAUGAUAACUACCGAGACCUUCAAAUUGAAAAGCCAGAAUGGAAGAAGUUUAUAGAGGAGCGGUUGCUGAUGUAUUCUUUUGUGAAUGACAAAUUUAUGCCUCCAGAUGAUCCUUUAGGACGCCAUGGCCCAAGCCUUGAAAACUUCUUAAGAAAGAGACCCGUUGUCCCUGAACACAAGAAGCAACCAUGCCCUUAUGGCAAAAAAUGCACCUACGGCCACAAGUGCAAAUACUACCAUCCGGAGCGGGCCAACCAACCGCAGCGUUCGGUGGCUGAUGAGCUCCGCAUCAGUGCCAAACUGUCCACAGUGAAAACCAUGAGUGAAGGCACCCUGGCCAAGUGUGGCACAGGGCUGUCUAGUACCAAAGGUGACAUAACCUCAGAAGUCAAACGUGUGGCCCCCAAGCGCCAAUCGGAUCCCAGCAUCCGUUCCGUGGCUGUGGAGCCUGAGGAAUGGCUGUCCAUUGCCCGUAAGCCUGAGGCCAGCUCUGUCCCCUCACUUGUGACUGCUCUAAGUGUCCCCACAAUCCCACCCGCCAAAAGCCAUGCAGUGGGUGCACUCAACACCCGUUCAGCCAGCAGCCCAGUGCCAGGAUCCUCUCAUUUCUCCCACCAGAAGUCCUCACUGGAGCACAUGACCAGCAUGCAGUACCCCCCGAUCCUGGUUACCAAUAGCCAUGGGACCCCUAUUAGCUACUCUGAGCAAUACCCAAAGUUUGAGUCCUUGGGGGACCACGGCUACUAUUCAAUGUUAGGUGACUUCUCCAAAUUGAACAUCAACAGCAUGCAUAAUAGAGAGUACUACAUGGCUGAAACAGACCGGGGGUUGUACGCCCGGAAUCCCAACCUCUGUCCUGACAAUCGUAUGAGCCAUAGCAGGAACGACAGCUAUUCCUCUUACAACAACCUGUAUUUGGCUGUAGCUGAUACUCAUCCUGAAGGUAGUUUGAAGCUGCAUCGCUCAGCAUCUCAGAACCAUCUUCAGCCUUUUCCUCAUGGUUACCAUGAAGCCUUAACGCGAGUGCAGAGCUAUGGCCCAGAGGACUCUAAGCAAGCCCCCAACAAACAAUCAGUCCCCCACUUAGUUCUACAUGCCCAGCACCCGACAACUGGAGCACACUCCAGCUGUCCUGGGGACUAUCCCAUGCCUCCCAAUAUCCAUCCUGGGGCAACUCCCCAGCCAGGACGUGCCCUGGUGAUGACUCGGAUGGACAGCAUUUCUGAUUCCCGUCUGUAUGAGAGCAACCCCAUGAGGCAAAGACGCCCUCCUCUGUGCCGGGAACAACAUGCCAGCUGGGACCCACUGCCCUGUGCAACUGACUCCUAUGGCUACCACUCCUAUCCCUUGAGUAACAGCCUCAUGCAACCAUGCUAUGAGCCAGUCAUGGUACGGAGCGUGCCUGAAAAGAUGGAGCAGCUUUGGAUGAAUCCUUGGGUUGGAAUGUGCAAUGAUUCCAGGGAGCAUAUGAUCCCAGAGCACCAGUAUCAGACCUACAAGAACCUCUGCAAUAUUUUCCCUUCAAACAUCGUCCUUGCAGUGAUGGAGAAGAAUCCCCACACAGCAGAUGCCCAGCAACUAGCAGCCUUGAUUGUUUCUAAGCUUAGGGCUGCACGUUGACAUGACAUAGGACUUAUUUCAU